AUGCAAGACCAAAAACCCAUUGCCUUUUUUAGUGAAAAGCUUAAGGGCGCGACGUUGAAUGACUCCACCUAUGAUCUUGAAUUGUAUGCUUUGAUUAGAGCUUUGGGUAAUUGGCAAGACUACUUGUGGCCUAAAGAGUUUGUUGUUAGGACCGACCAUGAGUCCUUGAAACAUCUGAAGGCCCAAGGUUUUAACCCACUAGCCCCUCUAUAUCUCAUCCCUUUGUCUCAAGAUGUUGUUUUGAGUUUAGAUGGAAACAAAAGGGAAGAGAAUAUGAAGAAGUUGCAUGAGAAGGUGAGGCUUCACCUUGAGAGGAAGAAUCAAGAGACGGCCAAUAAAGCAAACAAGGGUUGCAAGAGAGUUGUACUUGAACCGGGUGAUUGGGUUUGGGUAGAUUUUCGCAAAGAAAGGUUUCCCAACAAAAGGAAGACCAAGUUGAUGCCUAGAGGAGAUGGUCCAUUUGAGGAGCUUGAGCGGCUCAAUGAGAAUGCAUACAAGAUUGAUCUUCAUCCAGAAUAUCAAGUUCAUAACACCUUCAAUGUGUGUAAUCUCUCGCCUAUGGAUGUGGAUGAUGGUGACCCCUUAAAUUUGAGGAAAAAUUCUUUUCAAGAAGGGGAGCAUGAUACAAACCGAGUUGCAUCAAGGCCUUUUACAAAGAGCCAAGCCCGUGGGCUUCAAGCAUUGCAAGGGUUGUUCAUGAAGAGGGACGUACUUGAGUACACUCUAGAGCCUUCCCGGGGAUUCCAAGUGUUGAUGAUUGCAUCGGAGGAAGGUAUGGAGAAGAGUGGCGAAGAUGGAUAUGCAUUGCAAAUAGGCUAA